ACUGCCGGGCAUGAGUUAGACUUCUCGCCUGCUGUUCAGACACAAAGCAACGAGAAAUUCAAUUCGAAUCCGAAUGUCAUGUCAGAGGUACACCUUCCUCCCGGAUGGUGGACCGUUUACUAAGGCCUAAUUCGAUUAACUAUCCCGAAUCACCAUGGACCCCACAGCAAGCUAGAUUGAUGCUCUCACUACGGAAAUUCGAUCUGGCCCCAUUCCAGCUCAAAGGUCAUUAGUUGGCCAAGCCGAUCGUGCACUUGACCGGACAUUGCUGCCGUUGAAUUACGGCUCAAGAAUGGAGUGGGGCUCAGCCUUGUUCCAUCAAACCAGCGCUACAGUACAAUAUUAGCGAGCUUUCGCCACUAAUCAACGUGGAGUGGGGAAAUGACUUCAAGAAGUUCCCUUCUGUCGAACGCACGGCUCUUCUAUCGGCGAGGAUCCCCCAAUCUCAUCCCUAGAAGCUCCUUGCCACACCAUGGCAGAGUUUUUGUUCAUCGACUAUCAUGAUGACAACCCGCAGAACCGCUCAGUUACGAAAAAGAAAUACAGGUUCGCGCAAAAGACUAGCCACCGCAAACAGCGCCUUGCGGCGGUAGGAAGGCUAAAGUCUUCAUCACUUGUCCUUCGCCAACGCCUUCCAUUGCCAUAUGUCUCUGAAUCGGGCAGGGCCGAGCUAGGCAGGGCUGAGAAAGGCCCUCACGAUGGGUCAGAAUUAGGUGCAGCGACAACUGGCCUAGAGACCCAACAUGCUUACCAGAUUAUCCCGGUGGCAAGCUUCGGGUCCCCCAAAACACUGCUAGGUCAUGGGUUUGUAGACCCAUUCUCUACAACCCCAAUUCCAAUGACUGAAUUCAUGAACUCCUACUUCCAUCAAUUGCGACAUUUCACGAUUCCCGGCGCUUACCCCCUUGAUAAGUCACGCAUGAGUGCAUGGUGGUGGCAGCAGGGACUUUCUCAACCAGUAAUUCAAUUAGCACUACUUGUCUCAGCCGCAGGCCACCAAACUGCAAUGCAUGCUCUUAACGACACUCCAUCGAAAUAUGCACAGCAAUCAAUCAAGGAAUACCUUCGCCUUCAAGGAAGUACGAUAAGGGUUUUGAAUGGUCUUCUUCGGGACCCAGCCGCGGCCAAGUCGGCCGUCCUCAUUGUUGGUUCGCUCAGGGCAAUCGAGGCGAUCGAAGGCAAUAUCGAAGCUGUUGCGGCACAUACAAAAGGUCUGGAUGUUUUGAUCCAGCUCAACGGUGGCCUUGAAGUGCUGGAUCACAUGGUCCUAUCUAAAAUCUACCAUGGCGAUAUUAUGAGAGCAGCUCUGACAAAUACGAGACCUGCCUUACCCUUGAUAGCAAGCUGGCGCAACGAGAUCUUACAAGAGAUGAAGGUGUUUUAUUCAAAUAGCAACUUCAUGGCGCACUUGGAUGAGAGAUUCAAAGAGAAUGCCUCUCGUUUAUCACUACUCGGGACUUCAUUCUUCGCAGCACCUUGGUAUCAGGGUCUAGAGGAUAGUAUGAAGAAGCUCCUUCAUAUGUUCCAACGCUCGAUUCAAUACUACGAGGUUGCAUGCCUCCGGCCCUCAAUCAUUGUGCGAACAGAUAAUGAUCUGUUUGUACUUCUUGAGCACCAGCUUAUCUCUAUUCGCUACGCCCCCAACCCUUCCGCUUCGUCUAUGGUCUCGAGUCUUUUGAACGAACCUCUCCGCAUCACUCUCUUCAUUUACCUAAACAUGUGUGUGUGGACUUUCCAGGUCUUCCCAGUCAUGCAGUAUAUGGUGAAUCCUUUACGACAAAAUCUACUCUCCGCCGUACCAAUUCCAACCCUGACACACAUCAAACACAAGGCUCCCGAUGUACUUUUUUGGAUGCUGUUCAUCGGCAGUAUGGCAUCACGGGGCCAUGAUGGGCAUUGGUGGUUCGUUGCACAACUGGUUGAAUUGACGUUGCAUUUGGGAAUCCAUGAUUGGGGCGCAGCGCGGGAAAUUCUGGGCGGGUUCUUUUACACGGAUCAAUCCGGCCAACUAGGAGGUGAGGAGCUCUGGGAACAGGUGAUUAGGCUUGAGCAGUUGAGGCUACGUAGUACGAGUAAUGCCGAAUAUGGUCUGCGCUCUAGUCAGAACGAUGUACAUUAGUCAAGCUCAAGCUUUUUCAUCCAGUUUGCUCGUCAUCAACCAGGUUCACAGAGC